AUGAAUAACAGACCUGUCGAGCAAGCAUUGGGCACCCUAUUGCCCACCCAUGUCAAUGAUUUGCCUCCAGAACUCCUCAGCUUGGCUCUCUCACUAGUUGCGCAGUCGCGGAGCUUUUCAAGUAGUCUGAAACCGGAGGAAGAAAUCGCACGCCCCUACGCCUGCGCCGAAAUUGCUUGCAGAAGACUAAGCAGAACCCUCAAACUACCUCCUUUGCUCGGCCAUCCACCAUGCCCUCCACGCGCCUACAAAAAGCUCUUUGCGUUCCUUGACCGAUCCCUCUCAUCUAGUACAAAGCGUACUACAGGCAGAUCAGCCCAAGGAACACCCUCACGAACUGGAUCCGCUCCGUCAACUCCUACGAAAGAGUCUAAAUCGAUUCAGACGCCCUCAAAAACAGCCGCUACGCCGCGAGGUUUACAAAAUACCCCCGGCAAGUCGACUCCUUUUCAAAGAUCAAAUACCUAUAUUAAGAGCCUCUCUACAUCACGAACGCCAAAUGUGUCGGCUAGGUUUCGUCCCAAUGGCAUUUCUGCCUCCACUGAUAUCCCUGAUGCGCCUUCGUGGGUGAUGGAUGGCAUUCGGAGUGUGUGCAAAACCUUGUCAACGCCCGCCCCACGGACGACUACCUGGUCUCGGCCUCCGAUUUCACGGACACUUCCACCCCAUGUUUUCACGGGCGUUUCUUCCAUCUUGUACUUCUUGUCUGAUAGCAAACUCGAAGAAAAUCUUGAUGAUGAAAUGCUGGAGUUCGUGGAACCCGUCGUGCUUGCUAAAGAUAAGGAAAAGGACGACGAUUUCAGAGAGCUCGUGAGUGCGUUGAUCGUGGCUAUUUAUUUCCUUGUUCUUGCUCGUCGGCGGACUCCCAGCCCUUCAGCCGAAACUCAGUCGGGUGAAGAGGCGAAGAAAAUGGAUAAGAAGACCUUUUCGGAAAUGCGACAGACCGCGCUUACAAGUCUUUGUCUUCCUUCGACGGAGCGAAGGCACCGCGAUGACGUUGAUCAGUGGAUUGCGUUGAUCAUGGAGCAAAACUGGGCCAACGGGAAGGAAUGGUUCGAGAAUGUUCCGCGGGCAGGCGACUUGGAUGGUGACGACGCGUAUCUUUCAAAUGCGAGUGGCGAUGACGAAGAGUUGCGUGGACGUAAACGAACGAAGAUGAUGGGGAGAGGUCGUGCUUCUCUCUUUUCUAAAGAUUCUUCCCGAGGUCUUCUACCAGGUCUCGGGACCAUGAUGCAGGAUCGGGUGGAUUAUUUAAGUGAAGACCGUCAGGAGGAUUAUGUCGAAUGGAAAGCGGAUAUCAUGGCGCGAAUCGAGCAAAUGGAGAGGAUUUCUCAGCCUGCUUGUUGA